GCUUGUUCGAAAAUACAACAAGGAAGUGACCGUUCUUAUUGUGGAGGAGAAAAAAUAACCCCCGGAGAACCCGUCUCGUCCUCGCACCGGGGGCUCGCUUCUCUCUCGCUCGUCGGGUGUCAGGGAGCGGACAUAAAGUCACCGUGGACCCGCCCGGGAGCAAGUGUGUGUUCGUCUCCGGGACCGCUGCUCGCAGCCUGCUAGCUAGCUAGCGAUGAACACGGACGUGGAAUUCCACAUCAGGCAGAACUACCCGUGGAACAAGCUCCCAGCUAACGUCAAACAGAGUUUGGGGAACUCUCAGCGCGAGUAUGAGAAGCAUGUGCUGCUGUACAGCAUCCGCAACCAGCUGCGAUUCCGCAAUAACCUAGUGCGCCACGUGAGGAAGGAUGAGCGCAAGUACUACGAGGAGCUCCUGAAGUACAGUCGCGACCACCUGAUGCUGUACCCAUACCACCUGUCGGACAUCAUGGUCAAAGGCCUGCGAAUCACUCCGUUCUCAUAUUACAUAGGAAUCAUGGAGGAUAUUAUGAACAGUGAGAAGAGUUACGACUCCUUGCCCAACUUCACUGCCGCAGACUGUCUGCGGCUGCUUGGCAUCGGGAGAAACCAGUACAUUGACCUGAUGAACCAGUGCAGGUCGUCCAAAAAAUUCUUCCGCAGGAAAACGGCACGGGACCUCUUACCAGCCAAACCAGUCGAGAUCUCUGUAGAGCCGUGGUGGGUUGCACAGACGGGCUACAUCACCGAGGAUGAUAUCAGGAUCUGUUCUCCACCUGAGAAGAAAGCAAUCGAUAAGAUGAUAGAUGCUGGUCCUCAGCUGGCUGGGUCGAUGGAGUUCAACGUAGUGUUAAGCUUGUACAACCGGGGCUACAUCUACUUGGAUGUUCCCAUAUCUGACGACAGUUGCAUUUCAGUGCCCCCACUUGAAGGCUUCGUCAUGAACCGUGUCCAAGGCGAUUACUUUGAAACGCUUCUCUACAAAAUCUUUGUUUCGAUUGAUGAGCAGACAAACGUAUCAGAGCUGGCAAACGUGUUGGAGAUUGACAUGGAUCUAGUGAAGAACGCCGUGUCCAUGUACUGUCGCCUCGGCUUCGCUGUGAAGAAAGGUCACGUGAUCAGCCCCGAGCAGCUCAACCCCACCUGGAAGAACGCUCCCUGUGUCAACAGGCUCAAGACCACCAUGGACCCUCAGAAGAUGCUCUUGUCCUGGGAGCAGGGCAGUCCUGUCAUAGAGGGAGGCUCCUCUGCCACCGACACCGACACCACCAGUCUGGAAGACCAAGCGGACACAGCCAGCGUUAGCAGCCUAAGCAUCCCAGCCGCACCCACCAAGAGGAUUGCCUUCCUCUUUGACUCCACCCUCACAGCCUUCCUCAUGAUGGGCAACCUGUCACCGAACCUGAAGAGUCAUGCAGUGACCAUGUUUGAGGUUGGUAAGCUGUCUGAUGAGACUCUGGACACCUUCCUGGCUGAGCUGGAGAAGGUGGAGAGCACAGCAGAGGGCGAGGCUCAGCGUUACUUUGACCACGCUCUGACCCUGAAAAACACCAUCCUCUUCCUGCGCUACAACAAAGAACUCACUCAGGACCAGGGACCUGAUAUCCCAAAUAUAGGUUUCCCCUUGGACAUGUUGCGCUGUGAGAGUCUGCUGGGUCUGGACCAGGCCACCUGCAGCCGGGUCCUCAACAAGAACUACAAGCUGCUGGUGUCGAUGGCCCCGCUCAGCAACGAGAUCCGACCCAUCAGCAGCUGCACGCCUCAGCACAUUGGCCCGGCCAUCCCCGAGGUGAGCUCCAUCUGGUUCAAGCUGUAUCUGUACCAUGUGACCGGCCAGGGCCCCCCGUCUCUACUGCUCUCCAAAGGCUCCCGGCUCCGCAAACUGCCAGACAUAUUCCAGUCCUACGACAGGUUGUUGAUCACUUCCUGGGGUCACGACCCCGGAGUCGUCCCAACGUCUAAUGUGCUGACCAUGCUCAAUGACGCCCUCACACACUCUGCUGUUCUCAUCCAGGGCCAUGGUAUGCAUGGCCAUGGAGAAACAGUCCACAUUCCUUUCCCCUUCGAUGAGGAGGAUCUGAAGGGAGACUUCACCUACUCCAACAUGUGUGUGCACAAAGCGCUGCAGAAGCUGAAGGAGCAAGUGGACCUGAAGCACCAGUGCGGCUACAUCACCAUGCUCAACUCCAACAACAGGCACCGUCGCCGGACCAGCGACAGCAAUGAGUGCAGAGGAGAUACACAUCUGGGUGGAGGCCUGGACACUAAUGGCAGUACUGAGUCUUUUGAACUGGUGACAGAGGAGAACAACGGUGAAGGCAAAGUAAAACCCGAAGCCGUUUCCUCUGAAGACGAGUGGGUCCCUCUCGAGCUGUGCUUCGGCAUGCCCCUCUUCAGCUCCGAGCUCAACCGCAAAGUGUGUCGAAAGAUCGCCUCGCACAAACUCUGCAGCAGCGAAAGCCUUCAAGAGCUUCUCCUCUCCAGCCGAAAGCUGUCGCUGAAGGUGCUGAGCUUUGUUCAGUCGCACCAGGACGGCAGCCAGCCCUCCGACCUGGACAGCGGCGUGUCGAACCCUCUCAGCCAACCCCCGCCGGAGUCUGGCGUCCCCCUGCCCGCCCUCAAUCUAUUCUUCAAGGACGGACAGCUGAGGGAGUGGAGCGGGCGGGGCCCUCCGGCUCUGGACAUCUCAGCCCUGCAGAAGGACCAACCCACAUAAACCCAACCCCUCCAGCACCCACUCCCAAAACUUCCAGAUUUGGCCAUGGGGGGGAAAAAAGCAAAGGGCCGCCCUCUCUCUUGAAGCGUCAUGUCUCAUUGAGGAAAUCCUUACCCGAGGUUCAACCCCCUCGUCUUCACAUCCGAUCACGAGGAAACAAUCAGUCAUGAACUUAUUCGUCUUGUCAAUCAGUAUCAGUCAUGGGGAAAUCUGCCCUGCCAGCACUUUGCCAUUUAGGCAUAUCGGCCACUAGUUUGAGCCCCCCUCCCCCCUCCAUGAUUCCUCGUAUUCGUGGGCAGUGUUAUCUGUUGGAGUGGUGCUAUUGUCACAGAAUAUAAAAACGAUGAAGGUUGACAGCAUAUAGCCUGGAAGACCAUUUGACUGGAAACACGAGCGCCGUUCUCUGCCGAACACCCCCCCCCCUCCCCCUCCUCACCUCUCCCUCCCACCCUUUAAUCAAUGGAUGUUUUUGUGAUCCCAUGAGAGCGGAGUGUCACGUGGUUAUUAUUGUAUAGAUGUUCUUAACGACCCACAAAGUAAAACGACGAAGCGUUGGAACAGACCCCUUCAGGAACCAUUUUGACGAUAUGCAUAUUUUAGUGUUCAGGUCUUCAGACUCGUCGGACGGAGGAGAGGGUGGAGAGUCGCUUCCUCCCUGGGUCGUCCCAUGUCAAGUGAUCCUAAGCAUGAUGCCGUUGCACAAGUCGUACGAUGAAAACAAACACUUUACUCUUUAUUUGUAAUCAAUACUGGGCAUUUUUUUAUUUGCACUGUGCAGGAGUUCUCAAACCCUGUAGAAGUAGUUAUGUACAUUCAUUUAUUUUCUUUCUUUUUUUUAUGUUUGAUCCUUUGUAGUGCACACAUGAUUUUAAGAGCUCAUGUUUACCACCAGGAAGUAUUUUCUUGUCUUGGGAACUCAGACUCGGGCAUCAGAGAAAUGACCAAUAAUUACUAUAUAAUAAUUUAGUUCUCUUUUUUGUCUGUUAUCAUUUCACUUUCUCAGUGCAAAAGAACACCAAAGACCAAUUUUUCUCUGUACAAUUUUUUUUUAACUUCCGUUUUGUCGCUCUUUUUAUUUUGUUGCCUUAUUACUGUCAGACAAUUAGAAACUACCAUCUCCUGAAUCGAAACCAUUUUAUUGAUUCCUUUUUUUUUAAUCAUUAUUAUUUGCUUUCUUUACAUUUUACAGUGUUCAAAUGAUUUUGUGCAUUUCAUAGAGUGAUUAAAACCAAUAAAAUCUAUAAGAUCAGGUCACAAACGACCAAACUUUGACGGAUUAAUUAAUUGCACCUAAUCUCCGAGGACGGGAACAGUCGGGUCUGUGUGUCUGACCCAGGCCUGUUGUCUGCCAGUAGCUCUCGCUGGACGGCCUCCAGCUUUGUGCAGCGCUCUGGGCUGACCCGCCGCGCUCUCCAAGGGAUUCUGUGUACGCCAUGUUUCGAAAAAUGGGGUUUGUAGUGUAGAGAGGAGAAGGCAAGUUCCCUGUGAAGGCUGUCGCACACCCAGGGGAGGGAAAUGCUAAUGCUCUGCCCGGCUUCUCGGAGAUGUGACGGCCCCAGAAAAAACUGUCUGAAGUCCUACACUACUAUACACUUUUAUUAUUUCAUUUCGAAUGGUAACCCAUUUUGUUGAGAGUUUUUUCGGAGGGGGGGAAUGGAAGAAUCUGCCCUCUGCAGUCGUUGACCCACUUGUGGUUGUUGUUUCUAAUGUGACGCUGAAUAGAAAAAAAAGACGUAACACAAGGUUCUGUUGAAGCAUGAUGACUGUGUAGAAACUGUUGUGUGUGCGUGUUGUGUAUGCGUGUGUAUUGUACACCUCGCUCUCGGUGUGUUUUUAUACACGCCCCACCUUUCACAAUAAGAGUUUUCUCCCGGUCCUGCCUGUGUGUAAUUUCAUUGCAGUUAGUUGGUCAACCCAGACGUCCAUCCUUCUCUCCCAGGUCUACAUCCUCCAGAGUAUUAAAAAAAGUGCUAGUUUUAUAUGUCGCUCUAUAUUUUAGGAAUCUUAGUUGUAGCGUGUUUGAUGGGACUAUGAGAUGAUGCUCUUGUAAUUAAAUGGGGUAAAAAAAAAAAGAAAAGAAAGUGACAUUCCUUCGACAUGCCCACCUCUUCCGUUCUUCCUCCAUCUCCCUCCCACUCCACAUACAUGUUAUUAUUACAGAUAAAUAUGUAAAAAGUAUAUGAAAAUAUAAAUAAAUAUGUAUUAAGAACAAACUUUUUCCUCCCUGA